UUGCAAAUCCAAUGUAUUUUCCAUGUCACAAUACAUUAACAAAUUAAGUUGAAACAACGUUGAUUCAACCAGUUUAUGCCCAGUGCCUACUGGGCACAGACAUACAUUCAGCAUCUAUUCCACGUUGGUUCAACAUUAUUGUGUUAAAAUGAUGUGGAAACAACAUUGAUUCAACCAGUGUGUGCCCAGUCGGUGGGUUGUCCUCCUCUGCCGCUAUUAGUUACUCUGAGUGACGUAGAGGUGGGCUGGCAAAGUGCUAAGUGGUGUAGUUUAGAAAUGCUAUCAGUAUAAUCAAAUCAUCACAAGUCAACGAGACUCCAGAUAGCGCGCUGUUAGUACACCCACGACUUUCGGAUGUAUUCCAAUGCAAAUAUCUUGGCGGAGCUGUCGUACAAUUGUGCAGAUGUGCGAUAGCAUGGAAGAGUGUUUAGUCGUCUCUCUUCCAACUUAUUAUCUUCAUUCAAUAAGUUGACAGAUAGUGCAGUCAAACGAGUGUCGUUCUUUGAAUGACUUGUCCUGCAGUCGUUUGGUACGUCCAGCACUUUGUCAGUCUUGUAUCAGUUCUCAAAUCAGAUCCAUACUUGAGCUCAAGACCUGUCAUCCUCAAAGCGCGUCCCCCGGAACUCUGGAGUGGACAGAUAUUAGAGGGACAUAUAACUUGUUAUACACCGCUCUAUGUCAUUUAAUAUCUUUUGUCAAAAACAAGCGACACAAUGGAUUUCUCGUUCUGCCGCCUAAUAUGUCUAGUGAUUGCAAUCACUAUGUUCAACCAAAGGGUAGAUUCCAACAAGAUUCUUGGGCUGAAGAUCCCCAAUAUCGACCCCAUUCUCAAUGCUAACACCGUGUGCUUGACCCUGCCUGGACUGAACCACAGACAACUGGAGGUGUGCAUGAGAAACCCCGACGUCACCGCCUCGGCCAUCCAAGGCAUCCAGAUCGCCAUCCAUGAGUGCCAGCACCAGUUCAGAGGACACAGGUGGAACUGCUCCAGCCUGGAGACCAGGAACAAGAUCCCAUACGAUAGUGUGGUUUUCAAACGAGGUUUCCGAGAGAGCGCCUUUGCAUACGCCAUUGCGGCAGCGGGCGUGGUCCACGCCGUGUCCAAUGCCUGCUCCAUGGGGAAGCUGAAGGCCUGCGGCUGCGACGAGAAGCGGAGAGGCGAUGAGGAGGCUUUCCGCAUCAAACUGAACCGGUUGCAGCUGGAGGCCAUCCACCGGGGGAAGGGCAUGGUGCACGGAGUCAUGGAGCACUUCCCUGCAGACCUGCCCGGGCCUCAGGACUCCUGGGAGUGGGGAGGCUGCAGCCCGGACGUGGACUUUGGGGAGAAGUUCUCCAGGGACUUCCUGGACUCGCGCGAGACAUACAAGGACAUCCAUGCCAGGAUGAGGCUCCACAACAACAGAGUUGGCAGGCAGGUGGUGAUGAACCACAUGAGACGGAAAUGCAAAUGCCACGGGACAUCAGGAAGCUGCCAGCUGAAGACCUGCUGGCAAGUCACACCGGAGUUCAGGGUGGUAGGCUCGCUGCUCAAGGAGCGUUUCCACAUAGCCACCCUCAUCAAAGCGCACAACAGGAACACGGGCCAGCUGGAGCACGCCCACCACCCCACACACAGACGGCUCAACGAGCUGGUCUACUUUGAGAAGUCCCCGGACUUCUGCGAGAGGGAUCUGCGGUCCGACUCGGCCGGAACGCAAGGGAGGAUCUGUAACAAGACGAGUCACGAAAUGGACAACUGUGAAAGCCUCUGCUGCGGGCGAGGCCGUAACAUUUUACAGCAGACCCGCAGUGAACGAUGCAACUGCAAGUUCCACUGGUGCUGUUACGUGGUCUGCGAAGAGUGUCGAAUAACAGAGUGGGUCAGUGUCUGCAAAUGAAGAAAUGCCGAAAUGUAAUAAUCUACCUUUUUUUUUUUUUUAACAGAGAAAGACUGCAAUACACCCCUUCCCUUUGCAAUGGACUGCCAUUUCCAUUAAUAGAAUGGAUCGCACGAAAACAAGACUGGAAUAUAGCCAGUUCAAAGAGGUGCACAACCAAUGUGUGCACAGCAUGUGUCCAACCGCCACAGUUCCGAGACUCUGGAUCUGCACUGCCUUUCAUCUCGGAAAGGGUUUUUAGGAUACAUUAGAUGAAAGAUAGUGAGAUACUAUGGAUGGUAUUGAUAACUGAGCACUCAUUUAUUUAAUCAAGGCUUCCUGAAAAUGACAAAUGUUGGAUUUUGUUAUCUCUAGACUAAAACAACUGCAUGGGAUCCCGGUAAUUUAAGAAGAAGAAGACAAGCAGCAGUUGGGGAAAAGCUAGAGAUUGUUCCAGAAUGUUACAUCUACUCUUGCUAUACACAGAGCGACAGGUUAACCAUGUCAACUCAUUUCGAAUGUUUUGUAAUGUUUCAGGUUACAAAAUGUGGCAAUUCUAGAUGUCACUCUGCAAAAUGGCUACCUUGUCCCUCACAACAUUACAUUUGUCCAUACUGGCAACAAAUAAAAACAGGAAAUGUGGACUAGAGUGUUGACUGUUGCGGGUGUUCUCUUGCAAGGAUGGAGUUGGGAAGACAAGAGGAUCAGAUGAUCAAGCGAUAGAGACAUGAGUAGUUACAGUACACAGAACGGACAUGAGAAACAGCCCGAGGGCAAAUGCUGGAGCUGAUUCAUGUCUGGAAGGCUGAAACGAUGAAAAGACUGGACCCGUUGGUUGGUCUAUGCAAAAUCGGGUCAUCUAUAGCCCUGCCUUCACACGACUAAAUGUUGACAUGUAGUCGAUGUUAUAAAGCACUACCGUUAUCUCAUAGGUUUGACUCAAUGGACAGUUAGAAAAUGACUGGGUUGUGGUGGUGGUCCAAAAUAGGGGAGAGGUGUUUUUCGAUUGGGCACAGGGGUGGGUAUAGUGCGUUUAUUCUCUGGUUUACAUUCGCCAUUUUGCAGAUAUUAAUAUAUGAUUUCUUCCAUCCUAGCCAAAUGUCAUCAUCUGCUUGUGCUUCCCCUAUCGAGGUGUUUUGGUACUUCCCUGAUGCACUGCGCUUUUCCGCACGUUAAUUAUUACCACAGGUCAAUAUAGUCUACCAGUCUAUCUGUCUAUACUGCUAUCUAUCCACCAUUCAUAGUGACAAUAGUGGUAGGUGGAUCCUUUGCAGGUUGACGUAUAUUGUCUUGUCCUGAAGGCAGAAGUGGGUGAUGUCCCCUUAGAUUGGCCAGCUGGCAAAGUCAAAGUUUGCUAUAUUGUAAAAAUGUAUGAAAAUAAAAUGCUUUUUGAUCUUCAUUUUAGGUUAGAGUUAGGUGUUAGGGUUAGCAGUGUAGUUAAGGUUAGGGUUAAGUUUAGGUUUAGGUUAGGUUAGGAGCUAAGAGAGCUAAGUCCAGAACAAGAUGCAUGACAGAAAAUGUUAACCUGCGGAUCAUUUAUCCAGAUCUGAUACAUGCUAAGUCGCAAUCACACCACACAUAAAAUCAUUCAAAUCGGCACCAAUUUUCCAUAUAAGCGGAGAUGCCAAGUGCAUGAAAGGUCCUUCUGUAGCUCAGUUGGUAGAGCAUGGCGCUUGUAACGCCAGGGUAGUGGGUUCGAUCCCCGGGACCACCCAUACGUAGAAUGUAUGCACACAUGACUGUAAGUCGCUUUGGAUAAAAGCGUCUGCUAAAUGGCAUAUAUUAUUAUAUAUUAACAGUGAAGACAUGAGACACGCAACUCUAAAAGCUCCCGCAUGUAUCUGUUUUAGGGACAAUACAAUUAUCCUACCUAAACUAGCCUACAACACCACCAUUUCAAGUGAGUACAAAAUCCAUGCUCUCGGCUUUAAACUGCAAUGAAAAUGUAACUUGAAAAAGCCUUGUCAUCUGAACAUUUCAUUCCAUUAAUUCCAUUUGGAUCAUUUGUCGGUUUACUCUCGAUGCGCUGUCUGUUGCAUAUCAUCAUUCUCCCAAGUUGUCUUAUAAUAUUGGGGCCACAUAUCCUCCCAGCAGGCCCGGUUAUUAAGGAAAGCUGAAAAUGAUACUUCGGGAUAGACUUCCAGUCAUUGUGCUAACGCUAGUUAGCUUUGGCUCGCAAAACUACCUUUAACUUCCUUCAAACUGGACACAGAGACAUACAAGUGGUUCCUCUGACUCUGGGGAAGUAUAUAAAGGGCCUCAUUGCCAAAAUCCCAAUGUGUCCCUUUAACACGGCUCUGCCUUCUCUCCGAUCUGAGCGACUAUUCCUCGCGCACCUAGAACCUAACGCUUCAAUAUAGCUGAAGUAUUUGUCAUUUCGCUGUUAAAAUGUAUGACCUUUUAUGUGUGGCGUAAACACAACCGGUCACAAUGUUUUAAUCCGGUUAGGCUACUUCAAAAAGCCUCCUUUAUGCUACUUUCGCAUAUUCGUCCAAAAUAUCAUUCCAGCAUCCAAACUGCAGAUUGUGGUGUUAAAAUUGCAAACCAAGAAGUUGGUCUACUUUGCUUAUUGUUUGUGGUGCAUUGGUACAAAAACAUGUUUGUGAAAAAACAUGUUUAUUUAUAUAUAUAUAUAGAAUUAUAAAUAUAGGAUUUCCCCCGAGCUGAUCAUUGUCUGCAGCCGGUUCUGAUCGUAGUGUAAGUCUAAUGAAACAGGCAGGGAGAGUUAGCUGUCCGAGGUGGUCGUCAAACCCUCAACAUUCUGGCCCUUAGCCCUGCGUGGCACCGACUGUGCCACAAAAGCAUGCAGAAGUGGCAAAGUCGAUAUCCACGUUUAUAAUCACAGAUAUUGUGAUUUUGGUCGUAAACAUAAUUUUCUGUUAAUUCUGUGCCGGGGGUGUGCAUUUUAUUUUACAGUACAAGGGGAGGUUUGUGUGAAAAUAUUUCAGAUGUUGCGGAGGUGGGCUAUUCUUUUCUUUCUAUGACACCUCAAGUUGGACCAGCCCCCCACCCCCAGUACAUUUCUAACUGUCCCCAAUUAAGUUAGCUGUAAACCACCAUUUUGUACAGAUGAAUGGUUGAUGUAAGUUCUUCCAAACCGAAAACUCAAUGCAAAUAUAUGGUUGUCUAUAUUCUGUAAAAAAUCAUCAUAAUUGUUGUUUCAACUAAAUACUAUUAAGUAACUGGUUCCACAGCUUUUCUUUGUGUGUUUACACACCUUUUUCAGUUAAAGGGUUAACAUUUGUAGCUGGGCCCAAACUUGUGUUUGCCCAAAUGAUGUGUUUGCUUAAAUUGUCUCAUAUGUUCAUUCAACUAGAAAUUAUUAUUUGGGCAUCUUACCUAAAAAAAAAACAGCUUGUGGAACUAUUUAAACAGACACAGUGUGUUUAACCUACAUAUUUGACAGACAUUGCACAUGUUCAUUUAUAAAGUCAUUCAUAUUCAACAUGUCCUCUGAACUCACAACCUCUUGGUUUACGGCACGCUAAUCUUCCUGCUACACUAUCAUGUCUGUGUCAACGACUGAUUUCACCUGUACUGCUACACGUUGCACUUCACUGGAAAUCUCAGCUCUUGUUAAAAGUACACUCAAGAAAAGCUAUUAUGUUCGUCAUAGUGAUUCGGGAGUAACAUUAAAACAGAGUAAUAUGUUCCGCCAACAUUAGACAUCUAUACAGAAAAAACACGAAUCACUUAAAUAAGUCCAUCAAAUCAACGAUGAGAGAAUAGUUAGGUUAAGAGACAUGGUGGUGUAGCAGGAGGAUCGGAAUGAUAUCAACCAAGAGUUUGUGAGUUCAAAUCCCAGGUGCAUAUAUAAUCAUCCUGUAAAUAAACAUGCACAAUGUAAUUAUGUGUGUCAAAUAUGUGCAUUCAAAUCACUGUCAGUUGCACAGACUUUUUUUUUUUAGUUAAGAUGCCUAAGUAAUGUCUAGUUGAAUUAACAUAUGAGACAAGUUGAGCAAACACAUGAUUUUAAAUGGACAGCAUUUUUGUCAAAGUUGGAGCUUAGGUUUGGGCCAUAUAUAUACAUUUUCUGUUCAGGUAACACUUGGAAUGAAAAGUUGAGUAAACAGAAAAAUGUCUGGAACCAGUUACUGAAUAAUAAUUUGUUGAAACACCUAGAUUUGUGGGUGUUUUUACAGUGCAUCCUUGUUUGCUAAUAGGUCCAUUGUUUGCUAAUAGGUCCAUUGUUUGCUAAUAGGUCAAUUGUUUGCUAAUAGGUCCAUUGUUUGCUAAUAGGUCCAUUGUUUGCCUGGAUGUGUGUUUUAUUAUGAAAAUCGAAUUUCUGCAUAGAAUAUAUCAAAAUGCAUUUCAUCAAAAAAACGGUCAGUUAGGGUAAUUUAUUAUGAGCAAAUACAUUGGGUCUGUGUUUAAAAAAAAACAUUAUAUGUUACUGGUAAAAUGUUAGAUUAUUUUGAUGCAGAUUUAGUAGUUUGCACAUACAUUUUGCUCUGGAGAAUGUGUAUUUUGGGGAUAUAACAUAGCGAUAUUCAUUUUGUUAUAAAUGUAUUAUUUUUCGUCUUCGAUGGUCCUGGUUAUUUUCUAAGUUAUUUUAUUUUUGUGGACGACUUAAUAUUUGUAAAACAAUAAAGAACUAAAGUGAAUUUUAUUUUAAAGGGACUUUAAUGUGAAGACAAAUGAGAAGAGUACGUUUAAAAAAAUAUUUAAAAAUAAAGUGCAACAAUGGAUCUGG